GUGCCAUAAACCAACCGAUCUCCCGUCUCAUCUCUAAAUUUCCCACUUCUCUUUCCCAGUUUCCCUUCCUCCCUCACUCCCUCACUCAGAAAUGAGCAGUCUCAAAUUCCAAUUCACCCAAUUUUACAUCUCUCAAACCCCACAAAAUCACACUUCAAAUCAAACCCACGCCCAUUUCCCCAUUAUUCCACAUUUGAAUUCCCCACCUUUCAAAAGAAGAACAAGAACAAUAACUUGCGGUUUGAGAAAGAUAGGACCCAGAAAACCUUUAUGGAGGUCAAGCUUUCUUUCCACCGAAGCAAUUCAAGCUGUUCAAUCCCUCAAACUGGCCAAAUCUCCCGUCAAAUUACAACAAGUUUUCAAUACCAGAAUCACCCGUCUUUUGAAAGCUGAUUUAUUGGGUGCUUUGUCUGAACUUCAGAGACAAAAUCACCUGGAUUUAGCCCUUAAGGUGUUUGACUUUGUGAAAAAAGAAUACACAGCAGAUCUCAGCCUAUACUACGAUAUGAUUCUACUACUGGGAAAGAACAAGCUGAUUCAGAAGGCUGAAGAGCUUUUUGAUGAACUGAAGAAAGAGGGUUUACAACCUGAUGUCCGAGCAUAUACUGAAUUGAUUGGUGCUUAUUUCCAAGUAGAUAUGGUGGAAAAGGCGAUGGAAACCUACAAUGAGAUGAAAGCUUCUGGUUUUACACCGGAUAAGCUAACAUUGAUGAUUAUGGUAAGAAAUCUGGAAAAAGCUGGUGAACAAGAGCUUGCAGCAUCGGUGAAAAGAGACUUUGAAGAAUACGUGGAUGAACCUGAAAGGUUCCUUCAACAAGUAGAAAAAAACUACUCAUAUUCAACAGAUCUAUAAACUAUCUGAAAGUGGAAUUACCAGUCUUCCUAAUUUGACAAAGCUUCAUUUGUCUCUCUCUAAUUUGCGCAGACAUUGAUGGUCACUCUUUGUAAGUCUUGCCCACAUUUGCAAGAUUUGUCUCUAAUAUUAUUACCUGAGAAUGAAUACCGUUUCAAUGUAUCGGGCUCCAACAUAAAAUCUUUGGCUAUUGAAGUCACUGAUACAGAUUUGUGAUUGAUGUCCCAACUUAGAUCACCUUACUGUACAAGGUCGUUAAGUAUUUUACUGUCAAUGCA